AGACAGUUGUGAGUGACAGCUUGUUACCGACUGUAAAUGGUUUGUAAUUUCAUUCCUCGCGAGUUUUCAUUGCUAACAAGGCGCUUACAGCUUACAAGUCAAUCGAGCUCAACCCGACAAACUCAAAGAUACCCGCUAACAAGACAGACAUCCCCAUUUGGAAAACAACUUGUACGUUGAUUUAAUGGCUUAUUGGACUGGCCCAAACUCGACGAAGGAGUCUACCUUGUAGCGAUGAAGAAUCGAGAGAAAAUCCCUUGGAAAGUAAGACAAUCCUCAAGCACAUUUUGCUGAUGAACCCAAAAUGUUGGUGGUAUCAAAGACGUAGUUGGGCCUACAUCUUAAACGGAACAUACUGACGAUCUUCUGUCUACGAUCCAAGGCCGAUGACUUAGGGAAUAUCUUGUGAUUCGCUCGACUUAAAUCCCAGAGAGGUCUUGGGCCGGUCAGCACAGAUCGCGUAAAGAGCCGAAGAUCGCCUUGUCUGUACGUCUAUCAAAACCUUCGCAAGCCGCAUACGCCGGUUGACAAUCAAACACAGAGUUUGUCUGAGAGCCCAAAGUCAUCUUAAUAGGACUUUGAGGACUUCUUGACACCAAGAGAACCCGCUAAGUCACUCGCGAUGAGUUUUGAAAGCCAAGGAUUCCGUGUAGUUAUCCCUGGUGGUUACCCUUCAGUGCACGUGUGUAAAGCGCCGUAUUCCUUUGCCAACAGCACUAACAACACUACUAGUAUAGUGAUCUCAACCAGGACUACCUCACUGGAAGAUGGAAGUGACUCAGAGAUUGAAUACACUGAAGCAAUUGAAAUCCCUCUACUGCCGAAGCGCCGCAGAAGUCGAACUAACUUUGACUCCUGGCAGCUGGAAGAGUUGGAAAAGAUCUACCACCAUAACCAGUACCCGGAUGUGUUCACGCGAGAAGCCCUGGCACUGAAACUCGACCUUCUCGAGUCUCGAAUACAGGUCUGGUUCCAGAAUCGUCGUGCUAAAAUGAGACGAGAAGAAAAAGUGAAAGCUGUGCCGGGAAGACGGAGGAAAACCGAGGCCGAGCGAGCAAACAAAGAGUACCUUCUUUCCUCUUCCGGCGAGACCUCUAUUAGCCCCACCCCACCCCCAAGAAAACAAAGCAACCAUUCAAACUCCUUCAGCAUUGAGAGUAUCCUCAGGCGCAAGGAUCCCCCGAGAGGGGAGGUGUCAGUCAUGGAAAAAUUAUCCAGCUUAGUCGACGGUAUACCUGUGGUGGAUAUUGAGGAAAAUGAGGAACUGGAACGGAACGCUGGGAGUCAUAACGUUGUUGGUAUUCCAUCAAUGUUUGAAGAAAGGCGUGCGGAAGGUAUUCAUAGAAGCACAGACGUGCGAAUUAGGGAGGAACGGAACGGGACGCCGGAUUGUACAGAAAAUUAUUCAGGCAAUGGAACCUUAGGAGCUCUGUCAAAAACACAAGACACGUCACGCACACAUGUCACACAAUACGCGCCGUACACGCAUGUCACGAAACAUCAUCCACGUGAUAAUACACGCAAAGACACAUCACCACAUACAAGUCACCAACCGGAAGUAAACACAACUGAAUUUUUCACUCAGUCACAACCGGAAUUAGCUGUAUCCAGGAAAUCCCCUAUAGCUGCGCCUGUUCCACUCAGAGUAGGUCAGCGGCACUUAGACUCGUACGCAUGCGUUACAUCAACGCUUUCCUACGAACAAACAAGCACGAGAAGACUUGAAACUAGGAAUGAAGAAAUGAGGUCACGACAAGCUCUACCAUUACCUGGGGACGAACAAACGAGGUCGCGACCAGCUGAAAUCGCACCUAGGGACGAACAAAUGAGGUCAACAAGGUCGCACAUUGAGGACGAGAGGGCGCAAUUCGUCUAUAUAAGGUCGCAAAUGCAGUGCAAUAGCAAAAUCAUGCGGAGUUCACGGAUCGCGGCUGACAAAAGGCGUUUAAAUGGAGCUUCAUGUAUAGGAAGCGUAGAGCCGUCCACAUCGCAGCAAAGCGCGCGACCAGAAUGUGCAUCACAUUAUUCGGAUGACGAAGAUUUGCCAGUGACCGCGCGAACAUUGACCGCAGGACCAUGUAAUAGGGAUUUAAUACCGGAACAAACUCGACCAGGAAAUAAGAGGGCGCGUCGUGAGGACGAGGAAAAGCAAUCUGUCGGCGAGAAGACCGCGGAUAUUCCACUCACGCAUUACAAUUUUAGGCCUUCACGCCGACACGAGCUUAGAGAAAAAGAGGGUGGCGUGACUGAUACAGAUUUGCUUAAUCGAGAGGGUGACAUGGAACUAGAUAAGAGCAAGAGGGUAGGGAUAGUUAGACAUGAGCUUGAAGGUAUCCCUGUGGCACAAGGCGAACGAGGUGAAAACAGGAGAGUGGGGAUAGUUAGACAUGAGCUUGCUGGUAUCCCUGUGGCACAAGGCGAACGAGGUGAAGACAGGAGAGUGGGGAUAGGUAGACAUGAGCUUGAUGGUAUCCCUGUGGCACAAGGCGAACGAGGUGAAGAAAGGAGAGUGGGGAUAGGUAGACAUGAGCUUGAUGGUAUCCCUGUGGCACAAAGCGAACGAGGUGAAGACAGGAGAGUGGGGAUAGGUAGACAUGAGCUUGCUGGUAUCCCUGUGGCACAAGGCGAACGAGGUGAAGACAGGAGAGUGGGGAUAGGUAGACAUGAGCUUGCUGGUAUCCCUGUGGCACAAGGCGAACGAGGUGAAGACAGGAGAGUGGGGAUAGGUAGACAUGAGCUUGAUGGUAUCCCUGUGGCACAAGGCGAACGAGGUCAAGAAAGGAGAGUGGGGACAGGUAGACAUGAGCUUGCUGGUAUCCCUGUGGCACAAGGCGAACGAGGUGAAGAAAGGAGAGUGGGGACAGGUAGACAUGAGCUUGCUGGUAUCCCUGUGGCACAAGGCGAACGAGGUGAAGACAGGAGAGUGGGGAUAGGUACGCGUUUACUUGGCGAAUUUGAAAGCUUUCGAUCAUCAAGUAUCUUAGCGUUGAGAACCCGCGCAGAGCAGCACAUGAGGCAGCUGAAUGUCUGCUAGAUGACGACGACGCGGGUCAGACGACGACGCGGGUUAGACGACGACUGGGUCAGACGACGACGAGGUCAGAACGACGACGUGGGUCAGACGACGACGUGGGUUAGACGACGACGUGGGUUAAUUGCCGAGGCGGUUAAAAGUGAUUUCUACUAGAUUGCGACGUGUAUUAGAUAAAGUGUUACUAGAUGAUGACGUGUUACUAGACGAUGACGUGUACUAGAUAAUGACGUGUACUAGAUGAUGACGUGUUACUAGAUGUCUUCCAGAUGACGUGGUGAUGAUACACCACGCGCUGAAUCGAUGACUUAUUCCUAUGGACUGCGUUUACUAGAUAGCCUAGAUAAAGACUUCCGUUCACAAACUUCUUAUAUUAUUUACGAGAUUUUGAAUGUUUGUAAGGUUUACUAUUUUGCUCAUCUAUUUAAAAAUAAUGAAUAUGAAUCUAGAAAAAUA